AUGGCCUUGGUGGCAGCAUUAAUCGAUCCGGAAGAAUAUGAAGGCAAAGUUUUAGAACAUAUUGGAUCCACAUCUCCUCAAGACUGUAUGGCUGCCAUAACAUUCGACGAUGGAUAUUUACAGCUGGGAUCACGUCCACAUAAUAGACCACUGUAUGUCAGCGGUUAUAUUCGAAAGUGCAAGAUAAAUAGCAUGAUGAUCGAUUGUGGAUCUACUGUAAAUAUUAUGCUGGUCAAAACAAUGAAGAAAAUUGGAAUUAAUGUUGGUAAUCUAUCCAGAAGCAAAAUCAUGAUUCAAGGAUUCAAUCAAAAAGGUCAGCGAGCCAUUGGCAUGAUUCGCCUAAAGUUGCAAAUAGAGGAGUUAAUCUCCUCGGCUCUUUUUCAUGUCAUUGAUGCUAAAACAUCAUACGAGUUACUCCUUGGACGUGUUUGGCUACACGAAAUUGGAGUGGUACCUUCGACUUGUCACCAAUGCUUCAAAUACAGCCGAGACGGAGAGGUCAAAUGUGUGGUAGCUGAGUCCAAACCUUUUCUCGAAGAAGAAUCUCAUUUUGCCGAUGCCAAGUUUUACAUGGAAGGUGAAGAAUGUAAUUCUUCAGGGUUGACCAUGUCUGGAUUCAAAAUCAAAGAAGAUACAAACGAUCAUGAUACAUCUAGUGCUGCUCAGUCUCAUCAACUUAUCGAAGAUAAGUCAAAAUUUACAUCCGAAAAAUUCUCUAAAGGCAAAGAACCUCAAGUAGAAUCAAUCGAUGUUGAGAUAUUGAGAAAAGAGUUAACUCUUCCAAUACCUAGCAUCCCAAAAUUGCUUUUGCCCCACCAACUUAUGGCGGGCUCGAAAGAACAUAAAUCUACAUCAGAGGCUUCAACAUCUCUUUCGGACAUAUCAAAACUCUGUAUUUUCGGCUCAUCCAAACAAGAAGGAGCUGCUGAAUCAAAACAAACUUUCAAAGGAUGUUACAAUCCUCAAGUUAAAAAGUUGUUUGAAAAUGCUGGGUUUGGAAAAGGAGAGCCUCGUAAAUUAGGUGAUCUUGAUGCUGUCCUUUCAGGAGGACAUCCCCCUUUUAAUUCUGAUCAAGCCUUGAUGUCCCGACCCAAGUAUGGUUUGGGAUAUGAUCCCAAUCCACCAAGAAAGAUUAAGGUCAAGAAGGUUUCCUCAAACCCCAUCAUGAUUCAAAUUUAUGAAGUUGCAGAAGAGAAAUCAGAACAGCUGAAACCUUUAGUGUUCGAUCGAAUUGAAAAUAAGAAUGCCAGAGUUUCAGUGUUUAAAAGGUUAAAAGGAGAAUCCUCCCCAAUAGUUGAUGUAAAAGACUCCGAGUCCGAAAGUUCGGUCGCAACUGAUAAACCUGAACCAGCCGCACAUACUUUUGAGAAAGGUGGACAAGCUACUGUCGAUGACUUGAAACAAUUGAACCUGGGGACUGAAGAAGACCCGAGACCAGUAUUUGUAAGUGCCCUUCUCAAUCAAAAGGAAGAAUCUGAGUACAUUAGUUUGCGUCACGAAUACAAAGACGUGUUUGCAUGGUCUUACAAAGAAAUGCCGAGGUUAAAUCCUAAAGUUGCAGUGCAUCAUCUUGCGGUAAGACAUGGAGUUCGACCCGUCAAACAACCUCAAAGAAGAUUUCGACCAGAAUUGAUUCCUCAAAUUGAAAUGGAAGUCAACAAACUUAUUGAAGCUGGAUUUAUACGUGAAGAUCUGAAUCAAGCAUGUCCGAAAGAUGAUUUUCCACUUCCAAUAACAGAGCUGAUGGUGGAUGCAACUACCGGAUAUGAAGUCUUAUCUUUCAUGGACGGAUUUUCUGGAUACAAUCAGAUACGGAUGAACCCAAAAGACGAGGAACUCACAUCAUUUCGUACCCCAAAAGGCAUAUAUUGUUACAAAGUUAUGGCUUUUGGAUUAAAAAAUGCAGGGACAACCUACCAGCGGGCAAUGCAAAAGAUUUUCGAUGAUAUUCUACAUAAGAACGUUGAAUGUUAUGUGGAUGAUCUUGUUGUUAAAACAAAAAGACGCGACGAUCAUUUACAAGAUUUACGUGAUGUUUUCAAAAAACUUUGA